AUGCAGAGGGGGGCGAUCCCCGUGCCCUCCCCGGGCGACUCAGCCGGCACAGCUCGUACUACGGCGGCAGAAAGCGCUGCUCGGAUACUAACAGGAAAACAAAAUUCAAGCCAACGCUGCAAGUUUCCCCUCCAGAAAGUUAAAAAUUCCGGGCAGACCCUGCCGGAGGAAAAAGCUCCUUUUCCAGCGUUAACUUCCAAGCCGGCCGCUCGCCCUCCCCGGUGCUGCGGGGAGCGGCCCUGCUCCGGGAGGCACAGGGGCACCUCCCGACACAGCCCCCCGAAACAACAGCGGCCCCGGUGCGGGCUGAGCCCGUCCCAGCGGCGGCCGCAGCUGAAGUGUGAAGAGCAUCGUGGGCAGCGUGAAGCGCGCCCAGGCUCCGCUCUGCUGUGGGACCCAGCCAUACACCUGAUCCGGACGAGAUCGUGGCGUUAUCACCCUUCUCCCUGGGUUCUGCCCCAAAACACCCACUUCCGUGAAUGCUCACAGCCCCUCAGGCAAAGAAGAGCGCCCCACCUGCGCUCUCAGCACCAAGGUCCAGGGGACCGGUGUCUCAUCAAGGCUUGUCUCAACAAGACAGCAACUGAAAAUCUCGACAUCUCAUCACAGGUUUUGAAGCCUGCUUAUCCUGACCAAGCCUUUCUAGAUCUCAUCAACAUGAAGGAACUCUCCUUAUGCCCUUCCAAGAUCUGUGCAACUUCUUGGAGUGACUUCCCGGUGAUGCCAACAGCUUUCCCUGGCACCCCCAAGCAGAUUAAGUGGAAGACCACAGCAUGCUUCGUCCUUGGCUUUGUCACCUUUGCCUACCUCCAGAAUGGUGAGUUGCAAAUAGAUUUAACUGUGUCACCAAGUAAGUUGCAGGUGUGCUUUAGAAUGUGGUGGUGUUUGGAUAGCUGGAGUGAUGGGUGUCUUUAAGCACCAAAUAUCCUCUUGCCAGAGGAGUUUUCUCCAUAUGAUUUAAUGUUGGGCAACACUGGCAUCCGGUGGGCAGAGGGUUUCCUCCUUAAUAGCUUGUGGCAGCUCACUCCCUUGAUUCUGUCCGAUAGCUUCUCGAGAUGAUCAUUAAAUGCAAUUUCUACAUUAAUCUGGGUUUUGUUUUCCCUCUUCCUUCAGUUCAGCUGCGCAGCAAGAGGGAUUAGAAUUACCUUUCUACAGUUUUCUUUUAAACACACUGUGCUAUACAGUCUAGAGUCUUCUGAAGUCAGCUGCCCCUCCACGCCUAUCAGUUUCGUUGUGCAGGGACUCUGCCUGCCCUACACUACAGGCAAGUCUCUGUUCCUCCCUUAAGGGUGACAGGAAGGGUCUCCAUGGUUCUUGCUUCAAACCAAACCCUCCUGUCUGACCUCCGUGGGCUCUAUCCGUGUCCACAAACAUUGCUGCUCUUUUACUGGGGGAAACUAUAGAAAAGCCCCCAGAGCCUGAAUGAAAUCAAAUCCCUCUUACACCCCUCAGCCCUCCCUGCCUCUCUUGCUGUUCUUUCUUCUGCU